AUGAGCCAUCAUAUUUUGUAUUUCCUCUGUAGUGUUUUGUCGCUAUUUGGCAAUGCUUUUGUUCACGCUGCAAGCAGCGAUGACGAUUCAAAGACCCCGCCAAUUGAAAUCUCGGGUAAUAAGUUCUUUUACUCCAACAAUGGUUCGCAGUUCUACAUAAGAGGUGUCGCAUACCAAGCGGAUACUGCCAAUUCAACUGCCUCAAGCCAAAUUAACGAUCCAUUGGCCGAUAUUGAUUCCUGUAAGAGAGAUCUGCCAUACUUGAAAGAACUCUUGACCAAUGUAUUGCGUGUUUAUGCUAUUAACACCAGUUUGGAUCACACAGAAUGUUUGAACCUGUUCCAAGACAAUGGUAUAUAUAUCAUUGCGGAUCUUUCGGAACCACAAGAGUCUAUUUCAAGAACCUCUCCAUCUUGGGACUUGGAUCUAUACAAACGUUACACCUCCGUUGUUGAUGCUUUGCACAACUACACUAACGUGUUGGGUUUCUUUGCUGGUAACGAAGUUACUAACAACUCUACCAACACCGAUGCUUCUGCAUUUGUGAAGGCAGCCGUUAGAGAUACCAAAAAGUACAUCAAGGACAAGGGUUACAGACAAAUCCCUGUCGGUUACUCUUCCAACGAUGAUGACGAGACAAGAGUCCCUAUGGCUGACUACUUUGCUUGUGGUGAUGAAGAUACUAAAGUGGACUUCUACGGUAUUAACAUGUAUGAAUGGUGUGGUAAGUCCACUUUCCAAAGUUCCGGUUACGCUGACAGAACUAAGGAAUUCUCCAAUCUAUCCGUUCCAAUCUUCUUCUCCGAGUAUGGAUGUGUUGAAGUUAAGCCAAGACAAUUCCAAGAAGUUAGUGCCUUGUACGGUAAGGACAUGACUGACGUCUGGUCUGGUGGUAUCGUCUACAUGUACUUCGAAGAAGAAAACAACUACGGUUUAGUCUCUGUUGAUGGUAAUGACGUCAAGACUUUGGAUGAUUUCAACAAUUUGAAAUCAGCCUUGGCUUCUGCUUCCCCAACUUCUGCUACCAAAUCCCAAGCUUCAAGCACUAGUUUGAGCUGCCCUGCAACUGGUGAGUACUGGAAGGUCUCUACUGAUCUACCUCCAACUCCUGAAAAGGACACCUGUGAUUGUAUCAAGGGUUCUUUGAGCUGUAUUGUUGCCGAUGAUGUCGCUUCGAAGGAUUAUUCUAAGCUAUAUGGUGUCGUGUGUGCUGAUAUUGAUUGUUCAGACAUCAGUUCAAAUGCCACUGACGGCAAAUACGGUCCAUAUUCAUUCUGUGAUGAGAAGACAAAGCUUUCUUACUUGUUGAACAAGUACUACGAAAAAAAUGAUAAGAAUGAAUCUGCUUGUUCUUUCAGUGGUUCUGCUACUUUAGUUUCUGCUACUGGCAAAUCUUCCACCUGUGCUGCUGCUUCCGCUACUGGAUCUAACGAUUCCGACUCUACUGCUAGCGGUUCUGGUUCCUCUGCCACCGGUUCUUCCUCUUCAUCAUCUUCGUCUUCAAAGUCUUCUUCUUCCUCCUCCGCUAAAAAGUCUGCAGGAACUGUAUUAAGACCAUCCUCUAGUACCAUUAAGGCAUUAACCAUUCUUUUCAUUGCUAUGGAAUGCAGCUUGGUGUUUAUGUAA